AUGCCCAGCAGCAGAUUGACCAGUGGCAGCGCGAUGGCCGUCCACAUUCUGCACACCAAUGCCGGACACUACGGCGAGGGCGGCAAGAGCGGCCACGUUGAUUUCUGCAUCAAUGGGGGGCGGGUGCAGCCUUAUUGCGAAAACGCCGACAAGCUUCUGGGUCAUACUGUAUCCACGACAAGUAUCCACCGUUUUGCCCCACCAGUCAAGGAGCAAUUGGUGAUAACAGAUGUUGUUUGA